AUGUCUUUCGAAGGUUAUGGUCAGUUUCCCAAUGCUCAGCAAGAUGGCGCGCCCGGAUCAGUUCCUCCUCAACCGGAUGGAGCUGCACCAGGUCAGCCCACCGACCCCUCGGCUCAGCAGCAAAUCGGUUUCCAGCCUCCUAACGUGAGCGGCACUCCUCAAUCUGGCCCCGGAGCUGAAGGAAAGACUACUCUCUGGAUGGGUGAGCUCGAGCCCUGGGUUGAUGAAAACUUCAUUCGGAAUCUUUGGUUCCAGAUGGGCGAACAGGUCAGCGUCAAGAUGAUUCGCGACAAGUUCUCAGGUAGCAAUGCCGGUUAUUGUUUCGUCGAUUUCUCCACCCCACAGGCCGCAGCCAAAGCCCUGCAACUCAGUGGACAACCUAUGCCUAAUUCUAACCGUCCAUUCAAGCUCAAUUGGGCUUCGGGUGGUGGUUUGGCCGAUCGACGCGACGACCGCGGUCCAGAGUACUCAAUUUUCGUGGGCGACUUGGGCCCAGAAGUGAAUGAAUAUGUCCUGGUCUCUCUGUUCCAGAGCCGAUUUCCUUCGUGCAAGUCGGCCAAAAUCAUGACCGAUCCACUCUCCGGCAUGUCUCGUGGCUAUGGUUUCGUCCGCUUCUCCGACGAGAGUGACCAGCAACGCGCCUUGACUGAAAUGCAGGGUGUCUACUGCGGCAACCGCCCCAUGCGCAUCUCGACUGCAACGCCAAAGAACAAGGGAGGACCGAUGGGUGGUGGUGGCGGUGGUGGCAUGGGCAUGCCUGGCGCUGGUGCUGGUCCAAUGGGCUACCCACCAAUGGGAGGGCCCCCGAUGCCGUACUACGGUGGCCAGCAGUCAAUCCAGCCUAUGAACCAAUUCACUGAUCCCAACAACACGACCGUCUUCGUUGGAGGUCUGUCGGGCUACGUUACCGAGGAUGAGCUGCGCUCUUUCUUCCAAGGCUUUGGUGAGAUCACAUAUGUCAAGAUCCCACCUGGCAAGGGCUGUGGCUUUGUCCAAUUCGUCCAGCGCCAUGCCGCUGAGAUGGCCAUCAACCAGAUGCAAGGUUAUCCUAUCGGUAACUCGCGCGUCCGUCUCAGCUGGGGCCGAAGCCAGAACAAUUCAGGACCUGCCGGCACACCAUACCGCCCUGCACCGCCUCCACCCAUCUACCCCUCAAUGGGGAUGCCUCCUGCUCACUCGUACGGCAACUAUGCGCCGAUGAAGGUUGGUUAA